AUGGCUUUUUUUCGCACAGUUCGUGUGCUGCUCCUCAAGGAUUUAUUGAUUACUCUACGGUGCUAUCUCUGGACAGCAUUUCAAUUGGGUGGUCCAAUCAUAGUAGCUUUGCUCAUGGCUGCAGACGAAAAAAAGGAAGAGCUAAAGGCCUGUAAGGGAAAAAAGGUCGAAAUAAAUUUGACGUUGGAAAAUAUGCCUAGAUUUGAGGGUUGGAUGUGCUCGUUAACUCAACUUAACUAUGUAAAUGAUGGUCCGAAUAAAUAUGACAUAGAAGCUCUCUUAAAGCCAUAUAAGAACAAGCAUAAUUACGCAACCGAGAAGGAGCUGCUUGAAGACAUGGAUUCGAGAAAACUAAAUCUCGGCAUAACUUUCAAGUCAUUUGACGGAAAGAAGCUUUCCUUUGUAAUUCACACAAACGAAGAAAAGAAGGAGGGCCCAAUAGAGGUUAUGGAGAGCAUGGUAUGGAAUGGGUCGUUUAUGAGAAGCAUAAAUUAUGGACUAAGUAAUAGCGUAGCACUGGUUCAAAUGUGUCUUUUAGUCGCCGCAAACAAUAAAAGUUUUGAUAGCGGUUUCGGUUUCGAUUACAUUCCUGCUGAAAUGCACAUUGAAAAAUGUUCUAUUGUUCAAAUGUUUGAAGUCUUUCAAUCAUAUUUCGAUAUGGUACUUUAUCCCAUCCUGGUGUUUACUGCACUCACAAACGCCUCAGAAGAAGAAAACGGAAUAAAGGAAUUUCUCGUAGUCAUGGGAUUGAGAAGGGAAACACUUGCUCUGUCAAGUGUUGUCUUUGCAUUUUUCAAAGCAGCCUUUGCUGUAGCUGUUGUUGGAAUCCCAGUCUGGAAUUUGCAUCAGAGUGUUACGCUUGAUGUGGUAUUCCCAACGCUAUUGCUUUGCAUCGGUGCGGCUGCGAUGGGAUUGCUGUGCUCAAGAAUAGUGAAGUCGACAACUGCUGCCCUGAUAGGUUUUACAAAAUUCAAAUCAGCUUUGGAACGAUUCUAUUCAGUGUCUUGCAUGGUCAUCGUAGUGUUGAUUAAAGUAAACGGUUACUUGAAGAACUAUAGAAAAGGCCUUUUUUAUUACAUCUGCCUGCUUAGCAUCUUUUCAGCAUAUCAGAAAUGCAUAUUCGCCAUUCGGCUCUCUUAUACCCGAGGAGUUGAAAAUAUUUUUACCAAUUUAUUUACUUACGAUGAUGUUAUUAAUGUGGGAACAUCACUGAUGUUCAUGGUUUUCGAUGUAGCUAUAUAUAUCAUAUCGGCAGUCUUUCUGGAUUAUAUGUUGCAUGCACCUAUUCCCUUCUGUUAUCGCAGAUUUCUUGCAAAUGUGAAAACAACUCCCGAUAAUAUCGAAUCCUAUCACGAAUCAUGGCACGAAAAGUCUACAAAAGUAGGUGAACCAGCCCUACUAGUAGAUUCUGUGAGUAAAGUAUGGGAAAACACCGGAGAGGUGGCUGUGAACAAAGUUAACAUGAAGGCUUACAGUGGACAGGUGACCGUGCUUCUUGGGCAUAAUGGAGCGGGGAAGAGUACUAUGUAUGCGAUGAUAUGUGGAACGGCUUCUGUAACAGAAGGUAGAAUCACAGUUUUGGGAGCGCAGUACUCAAACGCGAUUUGCGCACGGCGACCUCCUAUCGGAUAUUGUCCUCAAGCAAGCUGCACAUUCAAUCCACUCACAGUUGGAGAUCAUCUACGACUACUUUUCGUCCUAAAGAAGGGAGAAGGCGUAUGGAUGGACGAAGCGGAACCAAUUUGUGCGCAACUGGACAUGGAUUUCUUGAUGCAUAAGAGAGCAAAUAAACUUUCUGGAGGAGAAAAACGUAAAUUAUGUUUGGCCAUGGCUUUUAUUGGUAGAAGUGAACUAAUUCUCUUGGAUGAACCAACCGCCGGAAUGGACACUCAGUCGAGGUUAUUUACGAGAAAGUUCAUUGAAAAGGAAAAAAACACAAGGGCAAUAGUUCUCACCACGCAUUACCUGGACGAAGCAGAAGCAAUGGGUGAUUGGAUGUAUAUAAUGCACAUGGGACGUUCCGUUUGUAGUGGAUCUCCAUAUUUUCUUAAGCAGAAGUUUGCGCCCGGGAUUAUACUAACUGUAGUUUUCAAAGAAAGUGUUCUCGGAGAAAAUGUUGAGAAUGCAACAAAAAUUAUCGUGCGACAACUGGAGAAUGUUAAAAUCAGGGCAGAGAGUGGAAGACAAAUCCGAGUAGAGAUUCCCAGAUCCGAACGAGAAAGACUUUCUAAAUUAUUUGCAACCUUCGAAGACGAGGAGAAGACGCUACAAAUCGACAGCUUUGGUUUAUCUGCGAAUGCUUUUGAAGAAGCCUUUCUCAGAAUCGGCGAGAUUAGGGACAAAGCUGAAAGCAAAAAUGUAGAGUUUUUAGAAGAUCCGCGCUAUGCUGAACUGCAAGAAAAUAAUCUUGUUAGACUUCUGCAGCAAGCUAAAUACAUUUGGUUGAAGAAUUGGUGGAGAACGAUCCACAGCAUACCUUUGAUUGUCGAACAAGUACUUGUCCUUUUGAAAAUUUUCGUUUGCCAAAAUAUCCUCACAAAUUGA